CGAGCCUUACUUAAUUUCGAAUUCAUAUGCUUUAAAAAAGCAUUAUUUUAGAAAGACAAAUGCUCUUUAGAGUCAAUCAUUAGCUUUUUUGUUUUUUAAUAAAUACUUCAAAACAGCGUAUUGAUCAAAAGACAUAAUAAGUGUCAAAAAAGUAUUUGUUGGAAAAAAUAAGUAGUUCCCAGUGAGAAAAAAUGUUAAAUAAUUUCAAAAACAGCAAGGGUUAUUGGGAAAAAGUGCGUCGUAACAAAAAAUUGUUGAAAAGAUUAUCGUUAUUAAACCCGGAGGGUACGGCGAAAAAAUUACCAGAGAUACAAAAAACCAAGUUUUUGCCCCAAGUUGCAAAUGUUGGUGGUAGCAUAUGCAUUUGUAUUGAAAGUGAAGAGAAUAUGGAAUACGGGUUGGAUGAGAGCACAUCCGAACUUAAUACAGUACCCAAUCAGAUUGAAGCAGAAAAUUAUGAAAUUGGUAGUUUGAGAAGUGGCUUAAAAGAAUGGGCAUUAAUACACAACAUACCACAUACGGCUUUAAAAAAUUUGCUGUGUAUUUUAAAUCAGGCUGUGCCACAAGAAAAGCUACCAAAGGACCCAAGGACCCUAUUGAGUACUCCCCAAUCUAUAGUAAUUAAUUCAAUUGGUGAUGGGCAUUACUGGCAUCAAGGGUUGGAAUUUUGUCUUUUAACAUAUUUCAACACAAUUAUUAGUAAUAGAACCAUAUCCCUUAAUUUUAACAUUGAUGGUCUGCCUUUAUAUAAUAGUUCUCCAAUACAGUUCUGGCCAAUUUUAUUUAACAUUAAUGAAAUCAAAAAUUUUAAGCCAAUGGUCAUUGGAAUUUACUGUGGCAAGGGAAAACCAUCUGAUCUAAAUGCCUACCUAUCACCAUUUCUUAAUGAAUGUAAAAACAUAAUCGAAAAUGGAAUUGUAAUCGGGAAAAAUAAAAUUCAAGUUAAGAUAAGAAGUUUUAUCUGCGACUCACCGGCGCGGGCAUUCGUCAAAGGGGUCAUGUAUUUUAAUGGAAAACAUGGAUGUCUUAAGUGUAUAGUUGUAGGGGAGUACAUUGACCAUUGCACUGUGUUCUUGGGAACAAAUUUUCCAAAAAGAACAAAUGAAGGCUUUAGGACACGAUUGUAUGGUCUUCAUCAUAAAAUAACUUCUCCGCUUGAAGAACUUCCUGUUGACAUGGUUGAAGACUUUCCAAUUGGAGAUGCACUUCAUCUCAUAGACCUAGGUGUUAUGAAAAGGACUUUAACCGGAUGGGUUCACGGUCAUUUCAAAGGAAGUUCCAUAAGACUGAGUGCCCAUGAAAUAAAAAAACUUUCCGAAGAAUUGACAAACUUCAAAGUGCCAAAAGAAAUUCGUAGAACGACAAGAGGCUUGGACUGUUUGGCUUUUUGGAAGGGAACUGAGUUUCGCACAUUCCUACUCUAUGCUGGAAUGGUGUUUUUAAAAGAUAUUUUAAGAUAUGAUGCUUAUGAGCAUUUUCUUUGUCUAGUUUGUGCUAUAACCAUUUGUUCUUCCCAAGCAUAUAAUCAUUUUCUUCAUUUAGCAAAUGAAUUGUUAGUUUUUUAUAUACAAAAAUAUGAAGAACUUUACCAUAAGCGAUCGAUUACAAGCAAUAUACAUAAUCUUUGUCAUCUUGUUGAUGAAGUUAAAAAAUUUGGUGUUCUUGAAACCUUCAGUUCCUACCCUUUCGAAAAUAUUUUAUCAUCUUUAAAACAUUUACUUCGCACUGGUUCUAAUCCUCUUGCUCAAGCCGCAAAACGAAUAAGCGAACUGUCAAAAACCGAACACUAUGAAGAAUCAAAAAUAAUUUAUCCCAUUUUAAAAAACCAAAACAGAGACGGAUCAUUUAGUAAACUUAUAUUUGAAAAUUUUACUCUAAGUAACGAGAUGCCGAACAAAUGGUUUUUGACAAAAAAUCAACAAAUCAUCAGUUUUGAAAAAGCUUUAAAAACAAAAAAUUCAAUUUCAAUAAAAGGUCUUCCCUUAAGAGAAAAAAGUGAUUUCUUUCUAACACCUAUUAAAUCGUCACAUUUAAACAUUUAUUUUUCAAUUGUUCCAUAUAAUAACGAUGGAUUAGUUUUCUUACCUUUACUUCAUACAUUGUAA